GGAUUCAGCCUAGCAUCCACCCUCCCCCUCCAGUCGCAGCCGCUGCAGCUGCAGCACAGCCCCGGCUCGGUGGGCGGGAAGGACCUCGGAUUUUGCUAGGGUUUGCGGUUUCUGCUUCACACUACCUCCUCAGUCCUCACUACCAGAGCCGUCGCGCUCAGGAGAGGAGGGAGGAUGCCACGGAAGGCCACCAAGGCCAAGGAGGGGGAGCCGCAGCCGGCGGACGCCGCGCAAGAGGAGCCCGUUCCGGCGCCGGCGGCACCUGCGGCCGCGUUGACUGAGGCGGAGGUGGGCGAGCUGCCCAAGGCCAUCGUGCGCCGCCUUGUCAAGGACAAGCUCUCCCACGUCGCCGGCGGGGAAGGAGCCGAGGUCAUCGUCAACAAGGACGCCAUGGCGGCGUUCGCCGAGAGCGCUCGCAUCUUCAUCCACUAUCUCUCGGCCACGGCCAAUGAUAUGUGCAAGGAAUCAAAGAGGCAGACCAUCAGCGCUGAUGAUGUCCUCAAUGCGCUUGAUGAGAUGGAGUUUUCAGAGUUUGUAGAGCCCCUUAGGACUUCACUGCAAGAGUUCAGAAACAAAAAUGCAGACAAAAGGUCAGAAGCAAACAAAAAACAAAAGGAAAAGAGAAGGAAAUUAAAUGAAGAGACACCUCCGGAGAAGGAAAAUGAUCCAGCUGAUGAUGCCAAGGAGAAUGACGAGUAGCUUAAUCUCAAUAAAAAGGAGAAAAAAUGACAGUUAGCUUUUCUGCUGGAGUGCUGGUAACACGUUUAUGUUGGUAGUAGUAUGUGGCUAUUUGCUAUGUGCUCCAUGUUGCCUCUGUAGUGCAAACAUUUUCUAGACUUGAUAUGGUGCUGUAUAAUUCUAGUGCCAUGUCAGUUUUCAGCUUGCUGAUGGUGCAAUUAAAAUUCUGUACCUGAUGAAAUGGUGAUUUUAUAAAUGGUCUCAGCACCAUGUAGUCGGUUGGCAAAUUGCUGGUUUUAUUCAA